UGUAGCGUUGCUGCUGGCAUACUCAGAUUAGACUUCAUUUUGUAUAAACCGAGAGGAGACAAACAUGCCUUUCCUGGAUCUGGAAACAAAUCUCCCUUCGGAUAGUGUUCCAAAUGAUUUUGCAGAAAAGCUCUGUGUUGCUGCAGCCACCAUACUUAGCAAACCCAAGGAGAGGGUGAAUGCAUCAGUGAAGACUGCAGUUUCUAUGGUGGUGGGGGGCUCAGGGGCACCAUGCGCCCAGAUGCUUAUCUCUUCCAUUGGGGUUGUGGGCACAGCGGAACAAAACAAGGAGCACAGUGCUAAAUUCUUUCAGUUCCUGACUGAACAAUUGGGACUGGGGCAAGACAGGAUUCUGUUGCGGUUUCUACCCCUGGAGCCCUGGCAGAUUGGGAAGAAUGGAACAGUUAUGACUUUCUUAUGACCUCUAAUGAACUGGCAAACUGCAACAGGAGAGAAAACUCAUUCUUUAGAAACUGAAUAUGUUUUAAAUAUCUUCCUCAAUACUAAUUUACAAGAUAUAAGAAACUGCUCAAAUAGCAGAGCAGAAGAAUAUUGUACCAACAAUCACAGCAGAUUGGAAAUGUAAAUGUUUGCAUUGUUCAUGCUGCACAUUCCAGGCUGUAUUUGUAAAAUAAACCAAUCAGUAGUGUUGUA